UUUAAGAUGUUAAUUUCCAGGAUAUUACAUAUCAAAUGGGCGGAGAACUGAAGACGUUUCCUCUGAGCUUGGACGCUGACAAUGACAGAGUCCGUCCAACAGAGCAACAUGACACAUUCUGGCUAUUUUAUAUGGAUUUUCAUCUCCUCAUGUGGUAUAAUUGCCGGUAAUGUGAAGAAUCUGCCUCAUGUGAUAAAGUACCAAACAGCGACACCUCAGAGGUUGCAGGGCAUGCCUCUUCCAAACGAUGUUGCUGCUGCACACAAGAGGUUUUAUUGGGAAAAGUUUUGCUGUGACCUACAAUUCUGAUCAGGGUACCCAAGUUUCAACUUCCUCCAACCAUGAGUGAUGGUUGCGGAGAUUGUUAAGCAUUACUUCCCAAGGAUUGUUGACAUUCACAACUAUAUUACUUCCUGCAAUACGCAGCAGAAACUCAGCAACUGGAACCUUCUCAACAAGAAGGUGUUUUCCAAGCUGGACUUUUAUGUCUCAGAGGACAUGGUGGAGAAGAUUGUUUCAAGCACUCCUAGUGUGAUACUGCCAGUGCUGUUUUUCCUCAAGGAGAAGAUAGAGAAUAAACUGGCACAAGCAACAAGGACACAGCAUUACUCUCGGAGACAGGAGAAUCUGUUUUCAGAUGUAGAAAUUCAACAGGCCGAAGCAGGAAUUAUGGCUCAACUGGCAGAGAUGAAGAUUACUGAGCCAACACAGAAACCGCAGCAACAGAUGUUUUUCCCAGAGAUCAGCCGUUUAACUUUGCGGCAAGUCAUGCUGGAAAAAGAACUUCUGGUCCAGGAACUUCAGGAUAAUGUGAAGAUCCUUCAGGUGAAAGUGAGCAAGUUGGAGGAGCUCGUUCAAUUGAAGGACAAGCGCAUUGAACAUCUGACAAGUCUUCCAGAGGUGUACAAAACUAAACUAUUGCUACCUGGUUAAAAAGGAACUCCCAGUCACUAAAUUUUAUUUUUUCUGGAAUAUAUACUAAAGAUACUGAAGAUGAGGGAGUAUCAAUACGUUAUUAAUUUGUUUUAAAAUGUAAUUAAUAAAGAACAACUGCAUGACCAUCCUUUGUUUUAUUCUAUAUUAUUUUAAACACCUUUGGCUCUAAAUUUUGAUAAACUAUAUUUUGAAAAUAUACAAGUUAAUAGAUAUAUGCAAAAAUCAUUUGCCCUAAUAUAAAUUUCUUUAUUUUCAUUCCUUUUCUUCCCAUUACCAUUUAAAAAAACAUUCAGUAUGAGACAACCACAACCUUAGGAAAUCCAAAAUGAAGUUUCCAAAUAAUUAUGUAAUUUCUUAAAGAAAAAAAUAUCCAAAUAAUCUGACUAGUUGUCCUAAAAUUAAAAUACAAAAACGUUUUAUGUAAUUGGCAAUUAGUCAUAUUAUGUUGCUGCAGUCCCAUUAAUUCUGCAUUAUUGGGAGCUUUGGACAUGAAAGCUCAAUUCAAGGUCAGUUAGAAUAACUAUUUUCUCUGAAAGGUCCAAUUUCCAAAAGGUCUUGCCACAGCAUCUCCACCAGAUUUAAGUCUGAACUUUGACUAGGCAACUUCAAAUCCUACAUUUUGAUUUUGUCUGAAUGUUUUUGUGCCAUUCACACUAAGACUUUCUGAUCAGCUUUGGACCAUUGUGCAUACCACUGAUUUGCUUAAGCUAAAGGUCACAAACUGAUGGCUGGACAUUCUCCCUCAAGAUUUUCUGAUUGAAAGUAUCAUCUGUUCUUUUUCAUGGAAAUGUAGAUGUCUUUUGAGAAACUGAGUCAGGCCUUCCUGUUCUUCUUGGCCAGCAGUGGUUUUGGCCUUGGGAAUCUCCCAUAAAAGCCAUUUUUUCCAGUUUUUAUCUUAUCGUUAAAUUAUGCACACUGAGCUUGAGUCAGGCAAAUAAGGCCUUCAGUGCUUUAGAUGUAAUUAUGUGUUGUUUCGUGAGCUCCUGAUCAGUCUUCAGAAAGUUCACUACUCUCUAUGUUUUCUCCAUUUGUUUAUGGCGGUCCUUAUUAUGAAGACUCAAAGCAAUCUUUUCCAGAUUGAUAGAUGUGAAUGAUGUUGUGUCUCAUUUGAUCUUGAAUAUCUUUAUGACACAGUUGGAAAUCAGGUGUAGCAAUUUAUAACAGAAAUAUUGUGCAGUUAUUAGAAAAAGGCAAAUCAGACUCACAAUCUAAGGGAUGUGCAACUGAGUCGGAUCACUUUUUCAAAACUGUACAUUUUUAUGCAUGUUCAACAAUGCAAUUAAAAAAAUAUCUUCAUAUUA